AUGGUCGCUCAGAAGACGACACGCAAGUACACAUGGUUGAUCCAGAUUUGUUCUCGCUUAUGUUUGGAGAAACUUGUGUUCUCAGCGACGGCGGUGUCACUGGCACAAUCAACGCGGCGGACCGAUUUGGACAAGGCAGCCGGUCCCAGGAGCAAAGCUGGGCGUGCUCGCGUUCUCUUUGGGGUCGCUGCGACGGCAAUCCGACAAGAGGCAUGCGAGGAGUACCAAGAGGAAGGGAGCAGUGUCAUAUCCAUCGAAAGGAUUAUUGAGGCAUCCAUCCAGCCCUGGAAUGAGAUCUUGGUCCGACCAGGGAAGGGAAGGACUCCGGAAAGGAUUCGAACCUAUGGUGUCCAGUGGAGCCCACAAGAGCCAACAGCCGUCGAUCUGGAAGAGCUGGACGAGAUUAUGCAAUCUGGGCAGGGCGAGCUGCACCAAGCCACCAAGGCGUGGUUGCACGAGUUUCUCGCGCAGCCAGAUAACCCACGGGCGCCGCCUCCAUCAUGGCAGUAUCCGCUGAUCCAAGCAGACUGGGCAGCCACGUACUCGCCGUCGGCCGCGCUCAAGCUGAAGUACCGCCGCUGCAAGAAGUGGCUGCACCCGGAGCCCGGCGCUGCCUUCACCUACGACGAGUGGAAAGCGGGCAGAAACAACCGCGCCGUUGUGCCGGGUCGCAUGCUGCACUGGCGCAAGCUGACGGACCUGCCUCCCAAGGAGGACCACGCCUUCUACACCGUGUCGCUGGAGUCCGACUUUGCACAGCAGGGCCUGCAGGUCGUCGUGGAGAUUGGCGCGGUUGAGCUGACACCGGCGCAGCCCACCAGGGAAGCGACAGGGUGGCAGCUCACGGGCUUGCUUGGCGACCACAUUGUGGCCACCACGCUCGUGUACUUUGCAACCGAAAACGUCACGCACGACUCGGGAGCCGUCUCAUUUCGCGUCGAGGCGGACCUCGAUCCCAUUGAGCACGUCUGGGGCAACGGCACGGGCUCCAGCCCGCAUCAUGCCCUCGCGCCGCUGGCCGACAUUUACGGGCUCGACUCCCACCUCGACCUGAGCAACGACGCCAGCGACGACGAGACGCUGCCCGGCGCACCGGCCUUGCAGGAGCUGGGGACCGUUGCCACGCCCGACGGCCGUCUACUCGCGUUCCCAAACGUGAUGCAGCACCGCGUGGAGGCGUUUCGUCUGCUGGACGCCUCCAAGCCCGGCCGCAGACGGUUCUUGAAGCUGCAUCUCGUCGAUCCGCACUACCGCCUAUGCUCGACGCGUAACACGCCGCCGCAGCAGCCCGGCUGGUGGUCCGAGGCGGGCUGGGAACGCGUCGACUGGCGUGCGCGCCGCAUGCCGAUGGAGCUUGUGCAGUCAAUCCAGACGAUGGUGGGAGACGUGCCUCCGAAUGCGAUCGAGGUUGAGAAGAGGCGGGAAGAGCUCCAGGAGGAGCGGAGGAGGAAGCAGCAGCAAGUGUUUGAUGAAGAAGUUGCGGCGUACAUGUUUGGACAACAUGCCGCAAUCGGACGCAAGUUCCUACGCUAG